AUGGAGGACACAUCUGGACGUUACGACUUCUACAUCGGCCUGGGCCUGGCCCUCGGCUCCAGCCUGUUCAUUGGAGGGAGCUUCAUCCUAAAGAAGAAGGGGCUUCUCAGGCUGAGUGCAAGGGGCUCCGUCCGAGCAGGUCUUGGAGGUCAUGCAUAUCUGCGAGAGUGGCUGUGGUGGGCAGGGCUGCUGUCGAUGGGAAUUGGGGAAGCUGCCAAUUUUGCUGCAUAUGCUUUUGCCCCAGCAACUCUGGUAACGCCUCUGGGAGCACUUAGUGUCUUAGUCAGUGCAGUGUUAGCCUCCUACUUUCUGAAUGAGCAACUAAAUGUCCAUGGGAAGAUUGGCUGUGUUCUGAGUAUUCUGGGCUCUACGGUCAUGGUGAUCCAUGCCCCACAGGAGGAAGAGGUCUCCAGUCUGGAGUCAAUGGCAGAGAAACUGAAAGAUCCAGGAUUCAUCGUGUUUGCCGUGUGUGUGUUGGUGAGCUCCAUUCUUCUCAUCUUUGUGGCCGGGCCUCGCUGUGGGCAGAGCAACGUCUUGGUGUACGUUCUGGUCUGCUCCGCCAUCGGUUCGCUCUCCGUGUCUUCCGUCAAAGGUUUGGGCAUCGCCAUUAAAGAGCUGUGUGCUGGGCAGCCUGUUUGGAAAGAGCCUUUGGGUUGGAUCCUCCUGGUGUGUCUCGUCAUCUGCAUCAGCAUCCAAAUCAACUACCUGAACAAGGCCUUGGACAUCUUCAACACCUCUGUGGUCACCCCGAUCUACUAUGUUCUCUUCACCACCGCCGUGAUGACCUGUUCGGCCAUCCUCUUCAAGGAGUGGCAGCACAUGGUUCUCAUGAACAUCAUUGGCACCAUCAGCGGCUUCCUCACCAUCGUCUUUGGCAUCUUCCUCCUGCACUGUUUUAGAGACGUUCCCUUCCCUGAAAACCUGCUGCCUCUGUUCCUGAGGCAUGGCCGAAUGGAUGUGCAGGGAGCUUCUUGGAGAAAGAGGGACAAGCACCCAUCCUGCCUUCACCAGCCCCUUUUGGAAUCAGAGGACAUGCUCAGAGAGGGGAGAGAAAAAGCAGAGGUGGAGGGAGACAAGAGUUUCUGAAAAGUA